UGAGCAAAAGAGCUGCGACGCCCACUCCCACUUCUAUAUCACCGACAACGGCCGGCUCCCCAGUCUCAGCGCAAGGCCUUCUCUGCUACCCUCAUAUCCCUCCAGUCUGUCGCUGGCCCUUCCACUCCUUAAUAACCGUCUUUGCUAGUACUUCUACCACAGCGUCUUGUCCUACUCACCUUAGCCAUGGCCGCACCUCCAGGAUAUGGACCUCCGAACCCUCAUAAUCCGUUCUCUGACCAACCAUCGCCGUAUGGAGCACCCUUGCGUCAAUACCCCGGGGAUCAUGACUACGCCAGUCGCAAUGCCAGUACGGUUCCGCUAACCAACCCUGCAUACUUCGAUACCGCGCCAAAGUCGGUUGCGGGAAGCGUUGAAUCGAUGGACGGGUUCGACCGUCCGUACAGUGCUUCGGUGAACUCUCGCUUUAGUACGGGCACCGCGGACGGCCCCUACAACCCUUUCGCGGACAUGCCUGGUUCUGGUGAACCCUACCCCGCGUGGACGUCCGAGCGGGAUAUUCCCAUGUCUGCCGAGGAAAUUGAGGACAUCUUCCUUGACCUUGCCCAGAAGUUUGGUUUCCAGAGGGAUUCCAUGCGUAACAUGUACGACUUUCUGAUGCAACUGCUGGACUCGAGAGCGUCGCGCAUGUCACCCAAUCAGGCCCUCAUCACCAUCCACGCUGACUACAUUGGCGGGCAACAUGCCAACUACCGCAAGUGGUACUUCGCCGCACAGCUCAACCUUGACGACGCCGUUGGCCAGACGCAGAACCCCGGCUUGCAACGUCUGCGGAGUGUCACAGCAAAAGUGCAGACGACCAGCACGAAACACCUCGACAGUGCUCUCAACCGCUGGCGCAAUGCGAUGCACAACAUGAGCCAGUACGACCGGCUGCGGCAGGUCGCCCUCUGGCUGCUGUGCUGGGCUGAGGCCGGGAACGUCCGGUUUACCCCCGAGUGCCUUGCAUUCAUCUUCAAGUGCGCGGACGACUACUAUCGCAGUCCCGAGUGCCAGAACCGUGUCGAUCCUGUGCCUGAGGGUCUCUACCUCGAGUCCAUUAUCAAGCCUCUAUAUCGCUUCAUGAGGGAUCAGGGCUACGAGGUUGUUGAGGGCAAGUUCGUGCGGAGGGAGAGGGAACACCACGAGAUUAUCGGGUACGACGACAUCAACCAGUUGUUCUGGUAUCCCGAGGGUAUCGCCAAGAUUAUAUGUCACGAUAACACGCGGUUGGUCGAUGUCCCACCAGCUCAGCGGUUCAUGAGGCUUGGCAAGGUGAACUGGAACCGCGUCUUUUUCAAGACGUUCUUCGAGAAGCGUUCCUUGGGACACUUGCUCAUGAACUUCAACCGUAUUUGGAUCCUGCAUAUCGCGGUCUACUGGUUCUACACCGCGUUCAACUCGCCUAAGGUGUACACGGCGCCGAAUAAGUCUCAACCAUCCCCGGCAAUGACGUGGUCGGCCACGGCUCUGGGCGGUGCCGUUGCGACACUCAUCAUGAUCUGUGCCACGCUCGCUGAGUUCUCCUUCACGCCUACGACCUGGAACAAUGCCUCUCACUUGACGACCCGACUGAUUUUCCUGCUGGUCGUGCUCGCUCUCACAGGCGGUCCGACCGUGUAUAUUGCCUUGGUCGACGACACCAAGUCCAACAUCCCGCUCUACGUUGGCAUCGCGCAAUUCGGCGUGUCUGUGGUGGCCACGCUCGCAUUCGGUAUCCUCCCGUCUGGCCGUAUGUUCGGCGACCGUGUGGCAGGCAAGUCGCGGAAAUACCUCGCGUCGCAGACGUUCACUGCGGCCUAUCCCGGCUUGACGUCCAGUGCCCGGUUCGCGUCCGUACUCAUGUGGCUGCUGAUCUGGGGCUGCAAGUAUGUCGAGUCCUACUUCUUCCUUACAUCCUCGUUCAGCCAGCCUAUUCUCGUCAUGGCGAAUAUGAGGGUGCAGAACUGCAGCGACAAGAUCUUCGGCAACGCCCUCUGCUCGAACCAAGUCAAAUUCGCCCUCGCCGUCAUGUAUGUGAUGGAUCUGGUACUCUUCUUCCUGGACACGUAUCUAUGGUACAUCAUCUGGGUAGUCGUCUUCAGUGUGUGCCGCUCGUUUUACCUCGGAUUGUCCAUCUGGACGCCGUGGAAGGAAGUCUACACGCGCAUGCCCAAGAGGAUCUACGCGAAGCUGUUGGCGACUGCGGAGAUGGAAGUUAAGUACAAGCCCAAGGUUCUCGUGUCCCAGAUUUGGAACGCGGUCAUCAUCUCCAUGUACCGCGAGCAUCUCCUGUCGAUCAACCAUGUGCAGCGACUGUUGUACCACCAAGUCGACGGACCGGAUGGGCGCCGUGUACUCCGCGCACCUCCCUUCUUCACGCACAACACCGGUAGAGAGAGCGACUUCUUCCCUACUAGCGGCGAGGCUCAGCGCCGUAUCUCGUUCUUUGCGACUUCCCUCACGACGGCUUUCCCUGACCCGUUGCCCGUCGAGUCCAUGCCUACUUUUACGGUCCUGGUUCCGCACUACUCGGAGAAGAUUCUCCUGAGCUUGCGGGAGAUCAUCAGGGAGGAAGACCAGAACACUCGCGUCACGCUGCUGGAGUAUCUGAAGCAGCUUCACCCGAUCGAGUGGGACAACUUCGUCAAGGAUACCAAGAUCCUGUCCGAGGAGAACUCGGCCACGAACACUGUCGACGGUCACGAUAUGAACGAGAAACACGAUAGUCGCUCGGAUGAUCUUCCGUUCUACUGUAUUGGCUUCAAGACAGCGGCUCCGGAGUAUACCCUGCGCACACGUAUCUGGGCUUCACUUCGGGCGCAGACGCUUUACCGGACGGUUUCGGGUAUGAUGAACUACUCCAAGGCCAUCAAGUUGCUCUAUCGCGUGGAGAACCCUCAGAUCGUACAGCGGUUCGCCGGCAACACCGACCGGCUCGAAAGCGAGCUCGAGCGCAUGUCGAGGCGCAAGUUCAAGUUCACCGUCUCCAUGCAGCGGUACGCCAAGUUCAACAAGGAAGAGCUCGAAAACGCCGAGUUCCUGCUGCGCGCCUACCCCGAUCUACAGAUCGCGUACCUGGAUGAGGAGCCUGGCGACAAGGGCAGCGACCCGAGGCUGUUCUCGAUCCUCAUCGACGGUCACUCAGAGUUCGACGAGAAGACUGGUAAGAGGAAGCCGAAGUUUCGCGUCGAGCUGCCUGGUAACCCCAUCCUGGGUGACGGCAAGUCGGACAACCAGAACCACGCCAUCAUUUUUUACCGUGGCGAGUACCUGCAGCUCAUCGAUGCCAACCAGGACAACUACUUGGAGGAGUGUAUCAAGAUCCGGAACAUUUUGGGCGAGUUCGAGGAGUACGGCAUCUCCAGCCAGAGUCCGUACGCGCAAUGGGGCCAGAAGGAGUUCAAGAAGUCCCCAGUUGCUAUCGUCGGCACUCGCGAGUAUAUCUUUUCGGAGAACAUUGGCGUACUUGGUGACAUCGCCGCCGGAAAGGAGCAGACGUUCGGUACCAUGACUCCUCGUUGUCUGGCGUGGAUUGGCGGUAAACUGCACUACGGACACCCGGAUUUCCUGAACGCAACGUUCAUGGCUACACGUGGCGGUGUGUCGAAGGCGCAGAAGGGCUUGCACCUGAAUGAGGAUAUCUUCGCCGGUAUGACUGCGCUGGCUCGUGGCGGUCGCAUCAAGCACGCGGAGUACUACCAAUGCGGUAAAGGACGUGAUCUCGGUUUCGGUACCAUCCUAAACUUCCAGACGAAGCUUGGCACCGGUAUGGGUGAGCAGAUGCUCAGCCGCGAGUACUACUAUCUCGGUACGCAGCUGCCUCUCGACCGGUUCUUGACGUUCUACUACGGACAUCCUGGUUUCCACAUCAACAACAUUCUCGUCAUCCUCUCUAUUCAGGUGUUCAUGGUCACUCGUAAGUGCGAAUUAUAAUGCUGUCUGACGUUCUGCUGACUGGCUGUAUAGUUUUGUACCUGGGAAC